AUGAUCUGUCCAUGUAGCGCACAUGAUCUCCCCGGAUCGCCCAUCAAGCAAGAAACAGGGGCGGCGAUGUCGAUGCCGUCAGUCUUGAGCGUAGAUGCAGACGGGCGGACGCUGCGGAUGUCGUCUGGCAGGAUUUGGCAGUGCUGGUGGCACCCGUGCUCGGCGCCAACCUCCCUCCAAGGGACGCCAACACCGCCGUGA